GUUUCGAAGAAGAACAUCGACGCACAGAUAUGGGUACGUACCACCACGGCAUACAGUUGAAUCCUUGAUACUAACCGAAUCGACCUUGCUUCUCUAUACAGCCCAUAGACGAGGACCAAGUUUUGAUAAAAGCCCGUGUGAUUUGCCUCCAUAACCCAGGUGAAGAUAUCCUUCUGUUCCGAAGAUGCAUCGAUGUCUUGACCAGUUACGGGUAUGAAGUUGUCUAUUACAGAACCAACGAUAACGCUGAGACUCAUGUCUGCACCAUAGAAUCCAUCAUGGACGAGAUUGAUACUGUGGUUUCGCUGUGCCAUGAGGACAUUGCCAACUCUCCACAUCCACAGACUCCAAUUCACAUCAUGGGCCAUUUCAUAUCUGGUGCAGAGGCUUUGCUCUAUGGAAUCCAAGGUUCCCAGAGAGAGAAAGUCAGUACAAUAGUUGGUAUAAAUCCAUUAGUGCAGCCCGCUGAACUACUAAUGAAACAAUCAUCGUCACUAAAGUUGAGAUGGAGGGCAAAGAUGAACCCAAAUGCCAUUGUGGACUUGGGAACCGACCUCUCCCUGUUCACAAAGGACACCCCAUGGUUGGAGUUCUUGAGAAGUGAAUCUUACUCCUUCACCAAACUGUCGAAUCUGCAGCUGAAGAUGAUCCAGGAUAUUUCACACCUCUUGUUGAAUAAGAAGUAUACCUCACAAUUCACGGUGGCCAAUGUGCUCAUCAUACAAAGCUUGGAAGACCCCUUGACUUGUGCUUCAGCCACUCACCAGUUCAUCAAUAACGUUGCAGGAGCUAAGCAAGCGUAUCUCCUGGAAUACACAAAGGGAAUGAACAACUUGUUCUUGGAGAGAGAGAAACUGUUCCAAAGAGUAAUAACGGAUCUGGUAUCUUGGUUAAAGGAGAACUGAAUCCUCCCCAGGUGGGAAAGAUAUAUAUAUAUAUAUAUAUGAUAUAUAUACACGUUCUUUCAAUGCAGUCUAAUGUCGAUUUGAUUCAACGUGGUGUU